AUUCGCUCGUUUAUAUGCAAUUUUCUCGCCCAGGAGCAGGGGUCACCUCCUCCUCUGAAUCUGUCCUCAUUUCUCUCCCCCUCGGAAGCUAGGGUUUUGGGGGCCUCACUGCGCUUGGGUCGUCCUCCGGCGCGUCGUCCUUCGCUGCACGCCAUCCUCCGCCGCGCCCUCCUCCGGCCGUCGCCCUCCUCUGGCCUGCCGUCCUCUGCCGCGCCCUUGACUGCGCGUCGCCCUCCUCCGGCCGGCCGUCCUCUGCUGCGCCCUCAUCCGCCGCUUGGCAUCCUCCGCCACCCCCUCGUCCGCCCGUCGCCCUCCUCCGCCCGUCGAUCUCCGUCUAUCCCGCCGGUCGCUGUCCGUCCGGCCAGGUCGCUGUUCAGCUCCUGCCACACAGCCAGCCUUCAUCCGCUCUUCCGGUUAGUGCGAAGAAUGCGAUGGAACAGGUGAGCCGAACAUUGAACCACAGUGAAACUGGACAACAAGUCAACAAUGGAGAACAUGCAGUAUGCAGAAGAACUUGUGAAGGAGUUUCUUCUGUUCAGAGGCUUCACAAGUACUCUGCAAUCAUACGAGUCAGAAUUGUCGACUGAGAUCGGAAGGAACUUUCAAGUAGAUAAGAUCCUCGAUUUGGUGUUCUCAGUGUAUAUACCAAAGUACCAAUUGGAUAGGCUGCAAGGCCUGUUUACCUUUCUUAAGCAGUGCUUCACUUCGCCUGCGGACGCAGAGCUUUUCUCAGCCCUUGCUAAAUUGGAGAUGUCGGUGUUACGGUAUUAUGUUGUCAAUGCUUUGAAAUCAGGAAGACAAGACAAAGUAGUUGAGUUCUUUGGUGCUAAUGGAAAUUAUCUGCUGCAGAAGCGUGAUGAUUGGCAGCCAUGGUUUGCUAUGCCAUAUAUCACGAGCCCAAGCUUGGAUCCACAGUUCCGUGUAUAUUUCUCCAAAGAAUGGUUGGACACUUUGAUUCUUUCAUUUAGAAAUUUUUUGAGUGGGAUAUUCAAUGGUCUUCGAAUUCCAGCCCUUCUAAAGAUUAGCACUGAAAAGAAUACCAUUAAAUGCCUCAAGAAUGACAUGAAGCAAUUAAAUAACAAAUUAUCGGAGCUACAAGCAUUGUUAGAGAUGAAGGAGGCUGAAAUAUCUCAGUUGAGAAGGAAUGGUACUGGUGUUGAUUUGGGGAACAUGAAUGUUCGCAACGCUAGUGUAGCUGACUCAUCUCUUGAAGGACACAAUAUUCCAGGAGUCUCUGAAGAAUCCUCAGCUUCAGGUAGCACUGCACAGGGUUCUGAUUCACAGUCUUCGAGCUCAGUGAAAUCUUCUACAAGAGAUGAGAAAUUGCACAAAUCUUCUCAGAUAAACAAUGCAGAGAACGAGCAUAUUUUGGUGACAGAGGACGACUUUCCAGAAGUGAAAGUGGAUUUUCAGGAAACAUUUUUAGGCCAUAACAGUUCAAUUAGUUGCUGUCGAUUUUCUGCAUCUGGAUCAAAUAUUGCCAGUUCUUCCGUUGAUGGUACAGUGAGAAUCUGGACAUAUGAUUCAUCAACACCAUCAUCCAAAAAUGCCACUAUAUACUGUGGGUCUGAAGUCAGUGCUCUUUCUUGGGAAUGCAGAUCUGACCGCUUGCUGCUCAUAGGCACAGCUAAUGGAGGUAUUAAAGCUUGGAAUGCUGAUGCAAAGAGAGUUGUUUGCGACCUCAGUACAUCAAGAGACUUUCCCAGUGUAUUAGAUUUGAAGUGUAGCCCUAUAGAACCUGUGUUUGUCUCUGCAGCUGCAUCGAGACGGCCUGGAUCAACUAUAUUUGACAGAACAGGAUUUGCUUCCUUGACUGUAUGGCAUAUGAAAACAUGGAAGCCUGUGACAGUCCUACCACUUGGUGAGGACCCACCUGCUAUUACUUCAGUUUGCUUCAAUCACAAUGGAAAGAUCUUGGCAGCUUCUGCAACAGAUGGAAUGAUUCACAUGUUUGACAUGUCUGCUGGUCUUCAAAUCACUGGAUGGCCUGCCCAUGAUUCUCCUGUCAGUUCUGUUCUUUUUGGGCCUGCUGAAACUAGCAUAUUUAGUUUGGGCUCAGAUGGAAAGAUUUUUGAGUGGAGCCUGCACAAUCAAGGUCAGAUUCCUUGGUCAAGAGACUGCAGUAGGUUUUGCAGCCCAGAGAGCUUUAACAAACAUAUGCAUGAGAUAGCAUUGGAUUCCGACGGCAAGAGGCUGUUGGUUACAUCAGGUCUUGUCCGGGCUCCUAUAUAUCAGGUACAAGGCCAUGAAAGUGGCCUGAGGACGCUUGCUCAUAGUGCAUCUAUUACAAGCGUGGAUUGGCACCCGACGCUGCCAAUGUACAUUACUGGGUCUGCAGACAAUUCUGUCAGGGUCACAUCCAUUCUAUGAUAUCUGCGACUGGCAGAUUGCU